UUACACUAUUCGCACCAGACACAGACUCUCCUGUUUGCUUUCUCUUCUUUCUUUCAUCUUCUUCCUCCUCUCUUCUCCUCUGUUGUAUCCCUUCUCCAUGACAUGAGACCUCCCCAAUAAAACCCUAAUCUCCGUCGUCCUCUCGCUCUUCCUCGCUCCUCAGGGAAAGAGGAAUUGAAAACUACUGGAGGGAACUUAGAGCAAGGAUAUAUGUCCUUCAAUCAAUCAAGGUCCGACAAGAACGAUUCAUCGCAGUACCGUAAAUCUGGGCGAUCCGCGAGCUUCCAUCACCCGCGGGGCUCCUCAGGCGGUUACGGUAAGGGCGGUGCCCCCGCCCCUUCUCCUUCUCCCUCCUCCUCCUCAUCCUCCGCCGCCAACCGAAGCUUCAAGAAGCCUGGUAAUGCGCAAGGUGCGCAACCUCGGGUGAGCUUCCCACCUGCAAAUCAUCAUCCAGAGUCCAGUAAUGCUCCUUCUGCUCCGCCCAACAGUGUGCACAACGGGGCCACUGCGCAGACGCAAGCACGUGGAUCAUCAAAUGCACCGGCUACAGGCACAACCUCAAAACCUGCUGAAACGACUCCAGCCCCACCUAGAGGCAUUCAAACUCUUCCGAAGGCUCCAACUUCUCGGCCUACCUCCAUGAGUUCAGACACUACAGCUCCUACAACCCCGGUAAAAGCUCCAGGAGAUCAAUCCAAAGGAUUUGCUUUCCAAUUUGGUUCUAUAAGCCCUGGUUUUGUGAAUGGGAUGCAGGUUCCUCCAAGAACUAGCUCUGCUCCUCCAAAGAUUGAUGAACAAAAACGAGAUCAGGCACGCAAUGAUGCCGUCAAAGCUGUUCCUUCUGUACCUAUUCCUCCUUCCAGGCAACAGUUACCCCGGAAGGAUUUGGGUUCUGCAAACCAUUCGAGCACUGCUGACGUUCAUUCAACCCCCAAAACUAAAACACAGGCCCAGCCUGUUAAUCCUGCUACUCAGGCACAUAAGUCCCAAGUUCAUCAAGUUCCUAGGAUGUCCAUGCCAAUGACAUAUCACCAGCCACAAGUCCCUGUGAAGUUCAGCACCCCCAAUCCACAAAUUCAAUCACAAGGCAUUCCACCUGCGUCAAUUCCACUGCAGAUGCAAAUUCCUAUGCCACUGCCAGUGGCAAAUGCCCCUCCCCAAGUUCAGCAGCAGAUGUUUGUCCCAGGUCUUCAACCCCAUCAAUUGCCACCUCAGGGGACACUCCAUCAGAGCCAGGGUUUGAGUUUUUCUCAACUGUCUCCUCAGUUAGGAAAUUUAGGAAUGGGGAUUGGACAGUAUACCCAGCAGCAAGGAGGACAGUUUAGUGGUCCUCGCAAGACCUCAGUGAAGAUAACUCAUCCAGACACGCAUCAGGAGGUGAGGCUUGACAAGCCUUCAGAUGCUUUUUCAGAUGGAGGGCCAUCAGGCAGAUCGCAUCCUAAUGUGCCGCCUCACUCUCAACCCAUAGUAUCAUAUCCACCUGGCCAUCAAUUUAAUUAUUACCCUAAUUACAAUCCGAGCACUUUGUUCUUCCCUGGCUCUGGUUCUCUACCUGUAUCGGGUGCUCAAAUAAAUCCAGUUUCUCAGGCGCCGAGAUUUAAUUAUGCUGUAAAUCAGGGUCCUCAAAACGUUUCAUUCAUGAAUCCCCAGGCUAAUAACCUGUUGAAUUCUGCUAGGACUGCUGUCUCAAAGCAGGGAACUGUUGAGCAGUCCCGCCAAGAGCAUGCACAAAAUUCACGUGAUGGAACCAGUUCUACUUCCUCUGUGGCACGGGAGGCGGUAAAACAAGCAGAUGGUUCUAUUAAUUGGAAUGCUGCUGGUGUGUCUUCAUUACGCAACUCAACUGCUGCUGUAAAGAUUGAACCGCCUAAAGUUUCAGGGCCAUCUGGUGAAUCCUCCGCCAAGGAAUCUGAGGUUGGCCCUGGAUCUUCACCAAAGCCGGGAACUGUUAGAGAACCAUCAUUUGAUUCACUGUCUGUGAUGACCAAAAGUAACUCAGCUGGGGUUUCUGCCGUUUCUCGUGGGAGUGCAGAAACCAGCACUUCCUCUACUGAUUGCCUUCCCCAUGAGGUUUCUGCACCGGCUCAGGUUCCUGCACCGGCUGAGAAUAAUGCUGAAGCUGGAAGAAGGGAGAAUUAUGGUAGAUCAAAUUCCAUGAAGGACCUUGCCAAGAAGCAGAGCAAGGCAGAUGAUGUACCACAGCCUCGGGUGGAGGAGCAAGCUCCCAUUAUAUCAAGCUUGCUUUCACAUGCCACAGUACCAAGUGAUAUUGUUAAUGAUGAAGCGGGAGCUCAAGAAGAUAGCCGUUCAGAGACUACUGGUGGUACAUUGGAGUCUAGAAGUGAUUCCAGAACAGGUGCUGAUGCUACUAGUAGUACUGAAUCGAGGAUUGAUAGCAUGGAAAAUGGUAGCGGCUCCUCGGCAUCUGAAAUUUCUAAUGCUGCAAUAACUGUUAAAGCUGCUGACCCUGGUUCCCAACGAGAUGAUGGUUUAGAUGGCAAGACUACUAAAGAAGAAGAUGAAAGAAGUAUAGAGCAUGUUGAUGGAGCCAAAGGUUCCUCUGGCAAUUCUGGAUAUGAUUCAGAAUCGUCUCUGGUAAAAUCUUCUGAAGUAAAAGAGCGGGAACAGGAAUCCAUCAGUAAGGUAGAAACUAGUGUUGAGAGCAGUUCAGAGGUUGUGAAUAGAAAAAGUGAUCUGGAUGAAGAAGUGACUGGAAAAGUUGAUUCGGAGAUUUCUACUUCCACUACUGAGGAUGGUACUGCUACAGAAUCUGUUCCAUGCACAGUCGUUCUAUCUGCAGGUUCUCUCAGCAAUGAUGUUUCUAGUUUAUGUGCACCUGAAAGUGGGGAUGGGAGCACUGUCAAUGAAGAGGUGACUGGUUCUAUUGAUAUUUCCGCUCCAGAACCUCAGGAAAAAGCUAGAACAAACGAUGAUGUUAGGGAAAAAUCUGCUGGUAAGGGAGGAUCCUUGCAGAUUUCAAGUUCCAAUGAUAAGCCAGUUCCAGAGCUGAAUAGGUCUAAGAGUACAACAGCUAAGGGAAAGAAGAAGAAAAAAGAGUUACUUCGGAAGGCUGAUGCUGCUGGUUCUACUUUAGAUCUUUAUAUGGCUUACAAGGGUCCUGAGGAAAAGAAAGAGACGAUGAUGUCCUCAGGAAGUGCAGAAAUUGCUUUGCCAAGUACUGAUUUAAAGUCUGAACUUGCCGAUGCUUGUCAAGCAGAAGCUGUGGUAAGUGAAGACGGAGAUGAAAGUAAAGCUGAGCCAGAUGAUUGGGAAGAUGCUGCAGACAUCUCCACUCCAAAAUUGGAAUCCACCGCUAAUGGGAAACCUGUCGACAAUCAAGAAGGUGAUGGCUGUACAGCCAAGAAGUAUUCUAGAGAUUUCCUCCUGAAAUUUGCGGACCAAUACACUUCCCUUCCCGAGGCUUUUGAGGUCACUUCUGAUAUAGCAGAGGUCUUUACUUAUGGUGUGACCAUAUCACGCUCUGUUGGACGCGACCACCACCCAAGUCCUGGGAGACCAAGCAAUGGUCCUCGGCUGGAUCGUCGUGGAAGUAAUGUGCGUGAUGAUGAUAGAUGGACUAAAGUUCCAGGGCCUUUUGCUGGGCAUGACCUGCGUCUUGACGUUGGGUUUAGUGGCAAUGCAGGUUUCCGAUCUGGGCAAGGAGCUAAUUAUGGUGUUCUGAGGAACCCCCGUGCCCAAAGCCCCAUUCAAUAUCCUAUACUACCUGGGCCGAUGCAGCCACCGGUAUCUCAGGGAGGGAUGCAAAGAACUGGCUCUGAUGCUGACAGGUGGCAGCGUGCUACUAGUUUCCAGCAGAAGGGCUUAAUUCCUUCUCCUCAGACUCCAUUGCAGAUGAUGCACAAGGCGGAGAAGAAAUAUGAGGUGGGUAAAGUCACGGACGAGGAGCAAGCCAAGCAAAGGCAGUUGAAAGCAAUUUUGAACAAGUUGACUCCUCAGAACUUUGAGAAGCUGUUCGGGAAAGUCCUAGCGGUCCAAAUUGACAAUGCUGUCACGCUGACAGGCCUUAUGUCACAGAUAUUCGACAAGGCAUUAAUGGAGCCUACAUUCUGUGAAAUGUAUGCAGACUUGUGUUUUCAUCUGUCUCAAGACUUGCCUGAUUUCAAUGAGGGCGAUGAGAAGACAACUUUCAAGAGAUUGCUCCUGAAUAAGUGCCAGGAAGAAUUUGAAAGAGGUGAGAGGGAGCAAGAGGAAGCAAAUAAAAUCGAGGAGGAAGGUGAAGUUAAACAGACUGAGGAAGAAAGAGAGGAGAAGCGGAUUAAGGCACGAAGAAGAAUGUUGGGAAACAUCAGAUUGAUUGGGGAGCUGUUCAAGAAAAAAAUGCUGACAGAGAGGAUCAUGCACGAGUGCGUGAAAAAGCUUUUGGGUCAGUAUCAGACACAGAUUCCUGAUGAGGAAGACCUCGAGGCUUUGUGCAAGUUAAUGAGUACAAUUGGAGAGAUGAUUGACCAACCCAAAGCAAAGAGUUAUAUGGAUGCGUAUUUCGAUAAAAUGACAGUGUUAUCGAAGAACAUGACUCUUUCUUCAAGAGUUAGGUUCAUGUUGAAAGAUGCAAUAGACUUGAGAAAGAACAAAUGGCAGCAGAGAAGGAAAGUUGAGGGACCCAAGAAGAUUGAGGAAGUACACAGAGAUGCAGCUCAAGAACGACAUGCGCAGGCUGGUAGGGUUGCCCGUUCCCCUGGGAUCAGUACCUCGGGAAGAAGGGGCCAGCAGAUGGAAUUUGCUCCUAGAGGCAAUCCGUUAUCUUCUCCUAACGUACGGAUGGGUAGUUUCCGUGGCUUGCAGUCGACUCGUGGUUAUGGAGCUCAGGAUGCUCGUUUUGAGGAGAGACAGGCUCAUGAGCCAAGACCGUUGUCUGUUCCCUUGUCUCAAAGGUCCAUGGGUGAUGAUGCAAUUACCUUGGGACCUCAGGGUGGGCUCGGAAGGGGAUUGUCGGUCAGAGGCCAAUCAUCUCUACUAGGAACUUCAUCAUCUGAUGUCUCUUCUGGUGCAAUAGAUUCUCGCAGAACCCCCGUUGGCUUGAAUGGUUUCAGUUCCAUAGAUAGGACAAACAGCUACAGUUCGAGGGAGGAUUCUAUGAUGAGAUCCGGUACAGAUCGGUACACAGGGCCUGCAUUGACAGAUCAGUUGAGUGUGCAAGGUGGCAGGAAUGUUAGAAGUCCACGUUAUGGUUCUGAUAGGCCUUCUACAGCUCCUUUGUCCUCCAGAGGGAAUGGCCCAGCUCUUACUCAGAGUGCCCCUGCAGAGAAAGUGAGGCCUGAAGAGAAGCUCCGAGAUAUGUCCAUUGCGGCUAUUAGAGAGUAUUACAGCGCCAAGGACGAGAAAGAAGUUGCUCUAUGCAUCCAGGAUCUGAACUCCCCAAGCUUCUAUCCAUCCAUGGUCUCUCUCUGGGUUGCGGACUCUUUCGAGCGGAAGGACUUGGAAAGGGAUCUUUUAACGAAGCUCCUCAUCAACCUGUCCAAGCCUCAAGAUAGAAUCUUAAGCCAUGGCCAGCUAAUCGAAGGGUUCGAGUCGGUCCUGACCACCCUGGAAGAUGCAGUAAAUGAUGCACCGAAAGCAACAGAAUUCCUCGGGCGAAUUUUCGGCAAGUUAAUAGCAGAGAAUGUGGUCUCAUUGAGCGAAAUCGGGCGGAUACUGUAUGAAGGUGGAGGGGAGCAGAGCCAGCUGUUAGAGGCCGGGCUCGCGGCAGACGUCCUCGGAAGCACACUGGAGGUGAUCCAGUCCGAGAAAGGAGAGGUGGCCUUGAACGGGAUCCGGAGAAGCUCCAAUUUGCGGUUGGAAGAUUUCCGGCCCCCGGGCUCCAUCAGGUCAAGGAAGUUGGAGAAAUUCAUCUGAACCCAACCUCAUUGGUUUUAAUCUAUAAAUGAAGAUGAUUAUGUUGUUACUGGUGGGUUGGGUCAUUCAGAGCUUCUAGGUUCACUGGUCAUAAAAUACUGGGCCUUUUGCCCGCCCGUGCAGUGCGCGGAUUUUUGCGUAGAUAUAUCAUUUUUCGUUCUUUUAACCUGUUUUCACAUUAAUGUAGGGAUUUUUCUUAUGAAGGAUAAUAUCUAUAUAUUAUGAUUGUGAUACUUGGUUUGAAGAAUACAUAUACCAGAAUUUUAGCCCA